AUGAGGAUCGUGCAUAUUCGGAAUGGGACCACCCCAAAGCUCGACCGCACCAACUCGAAUAGCAAGAACGUGUGGAAGCAACGCUUUCCCGUCCACAACUCGCAUGGCUCAAGGGGGGGCAGCGAAAACGUGGCCGACCCAGCGAUGACCCCGGCCCUCAGCUACGAACGAGCUGGCCUUCAAGUAUCGUACGGUGCAUUAAUUGGUGACGACCAAGCAUUGGUCGACUUCCAAACGUACGUUGUGCCUAAAUCCAACUUGACUGCGGGCAACAAGUCGGUCACGUUUCACGUUCUUGGGGGCAUGUUAUCUGGCUUCGCCAAGCUUAACAAAGUACUGUACCACUCCGUCCGAAAUCCCUGA